AUGUAUUGGCUUCCAUCAGAUGAGACCGGGAAGAUAUCACUCAAUGAAUUACAACUCGAUAUCGUUGGUUUCCUUGCCAUCUUGGGCGAGGGUUCCGUGCUCGCCAACGCUCAGGUCUCGACGCUCUCGAGAUGGAUAUACCUACCACGGUUGAUCCCGGCACCUCAAGCGCUGAUGAGGCCGACCAGACCGACACAACUGGAUACAUUCUCGGGAUGGGUAACGGGCAUCGUCAGCGGGAAUCAUAGAGACUACAUUAAUCAUAUCGGAAACAUUGUCUGUGAUGCCGACAAACUCGCUCCUUUCUCGGUCCGCGUCGUCAAGAUAAAACGCAAAGACGACCUACCACUCAAGGCUAAGACCUUCGGUCCCCUCACCGUCGUAAUACUUAUCGGUUUCGCCCUCUCCGCCCUUCUUCUCGCACUAUCGAUAUGGCAAGACGAUGGCAUGUCCGUCGUAGCCACGGUACUCCUGUCGCUCCUCUCCAGCCUUAUCGGUCUGGGCAACAAAUGGGUGUUGCAACUUCCUAAACGCAAGGUCAAGUCGGGAAUAGUUCCCCGUGGCGAUGUCGUUAUACGGUAUCCUAAGGGUAGUUUUCUCAUCGUCCGCUGCGAGGAAGACGUUGCUCGUGAAUUGUACUUCGCACCAGAGAGCAUGGACUACGUCCUUACGCAUGGCCCGGCUUACCGAAUCCUAAGUCUGGUGGGCACGAUGAUGCUCAUGGGCGGCGUCAUAUGCCUUGCCAACGCUCAAAUUCAGGUCCAAAUCGCAUGGGCAGGUUCCUACAUGCUACUCGGUGCCUCAUAUUGGAUAGUCGCUGCCUUGCCUAGCAAAAUGCAUUGGGACACGUCUUGCUACACAGUCAUCAACGAAUGUCUCUCCGACUCUGAAAUGGACAAGAAAGGAUAUCCUUCAGAAAAUGACACAUUCACACAAGCUCUUUGGAGGGCAAUCUGUGUCACCAAAGAAAUCGGAUGGGUGCGAAUGAGCGCCGCAUGUCCAGAUACUGAAGCUUGGCGCGAAUGGCUAAUGGAGGCAAAAGCAUGUAGCGAAGACUUCAGGUUAGUUGAGGGCGAAGAACCGUCGAAAGGUAAAACGAUGUGGGAGAUACCAGAAUGGGACGCACAAGGGUCUUUGGGGAGGCUUUUGGCCGAGCAAGCGAGAAACGACAAGAAACUGAUAACAGAGAAAGUGGAAUCGGUUUGA